UUGUAUUUUGAGAGUAUAAAUCUAAUAUUUGAGUAUAAAAUAUUCAUCCAUCCAUUUUCUUUGCCGCUUAUCCUCACAAGGGUCACGGCAGUGCUGGAGCCUAUCCCAGCAGUCAACGGGCAGGAGGCGGGGGACACCCUGAACUGGUCGCAGGGCACAUGGAGACAGCUGCACUCACAAUCACACCUAAGGGCAAUUUAGAGUGUCCAAUUAAUGUUUCAUGUUUUUCGGAUGUGGGAGGAAACCGGAGUACCCGGAGAAAACCCACGGAGGCACAGGGAGAACAUGCAAAUUCCACACAGGCGGGGCCGGAAUCAAACCCGGGAACUCAGAAUUGUGAGGCCAACGCUCUCCAGCUGAUCCCACCGUGCCACACAGUACAUAUCGCCCAACGGACCGUGAGGUCACUUGGAAAGAACCAACCCACUCUUCCUUCCUUUCCUGCCUCACAUUUGAGGAGGACGACUGACGGAACCUUUUCUCCAGGAGCUGCUCGGCACGCUCGCUCGAAACAUCGCAGACGUCAUGACCUCCAAUUCCAGUUUAGCCAGCAUGCGACGGUUGGUGGAGCAGCUGAAGAUGGAGGCCGGCGUGGAGAGGAUCAAGGUGUCGCAGGCGGCCGCAGAGCUGCAGCACUUCUGUCUGCAGAACGCGGGCAGGGACGCCCUGCUGGUGGGGGUCCCCGCCGGGAGCAACCCCUUCCGGGAGCCCCGGUCCUGCACGGUGGUGUGACGUCGUUCGGCCACGCCGCAUCGGAACCGUCACAGUUGGACUCUGCCCCUCGGAAAAAAUUCGUUGGGAAACUCUGGCCCUGGUGUAGGAAUGCACACGAGAAGCAGGUCCGAGGUGUCGAGAUUGUGUAUCGUUUUAAAAAAUAUAAAAUAAUGACAUCAAUAUUUUGUCAGUGACGUUUUCUGUGUGAAAAAAUUUUGAAUUGACGCUAAUAAAUUCUUAAUGAUGGGGGAGAUGCAUGCAAGAGUGUUAUUCACGAGGAAUGUCACUAUGCAGUAUUCACGGAGUUUAUUUGUAACCGCCCUAAAAAAAAGUUUUGAACACAAAAAUUAAUUUAGUGAGCCAUACCACUCUUUUCAUCGGACUGCAAUGAAUGUCACAUGUCGUUUUUGGAGUUUGAAAUCUGCCCGGCAACAGGUGAAUAACUCAAGCGACUGCACCAAACGCCGGUGGCAAAUUGGCCAAUCGUUGCAGAGCUUCGGUACAACGCGAUGGAGUCUUCCAUUGUUACGAAGCAGAAUUCAUGGAGCCCAAAUGGAACUGCACCAUCUGAAGUUUUCCGAUUAAAAACAAAGAAAAUUUGUUUUCAUUCAUUCAUUAUUCAUUCAUUGUUUUCAUUGGAGGGCAACAGCACUGUAGUCGUGAGGCGGUUUGAAUCGAGACCUGAUUCAAAAUAUCUUCAAUUUGUGUUGUUUUGGCUCGAAUUAUUCGGUUGUUAGUAGAAUCGGGGCUCAAGCAUAACUGCCCCGGAAGCCUGUGACAAGUUGUAGUUUUUAUAUUGAGUCUUUGCUGGUUGCUAAAACGGAAUCCAUGGGACUCGGCCUGAGAAUUCUCACCCCAACCCAAAAAUAUGGCACAAAAACUGCGCGAUACGAGCCCUUCCUCGCCUCCAUUAAGAAAAUAUUUUUAAGCUCGGCACAGCCCGAAUCAAGUAUCACCGAAACUCUGACGAAGGUGUUUGUUUGGCCGCCGUUGCCGGGACGCGGGCCCUAAACCGGCGGUCAGAAUGUCACGGAAUCGUCGCUUCCUGAUGCUCGGGCCGAGUUGGGCGCGAGAGAGGAAACUGGCUCUUCCUGUUCAACGCUCCAAACAUUCUCGCAACAUUUCAUCUCAAAGCCUCUUCCUGCUCAAUUUGUACGGCGAUACGACGUUACGGAAGUUUCACGUUUUGCUUUUAUGAAUGAUUUCCCAUGCUACUUUGAUAUUCUGUCAUAUGUUCGUUUUUAUAUCUCGUUUAUUUUCUAAAAAAAAAAACAACCAAACAUAAUGUUGGGUUAGAGUUAGGUUUAGGAUUUGUUGUUAGGGUGAGAAUAUUUGGAAUAAACAAACAGUAGUCCCAGUGUUUGUUAUCAUCUUUCUAUGAUGGUGAUAAUGUAAAAAAAAAAUAAUAACUUUAAAUAGAGUCAAUACUAUUAUGAAGGAUCCGAUUCAGAGCAAACUUUCAUUUUUUCAGUAACAUGAGCAGAAAUAACGCUACCUGCUGGCCACAGAGCACAUCACGUUUGAUUUGAAUAAUACUUCAACAUUUGUACUUUUGAUUAUUAUAUUGUUAUUAUAUUGUAUGUUGAGGAUAUAACCGAUUUGUAUACAAUUUUUUCACUUGCAUAUCUUUUCUAUAAGUCCUUCUCGUUCACCUACUGUCAUUAAUAUCAUCGUACAAUUUAUGUCGCAUAUAUUGAAAUUAUUGAAGUUUUGCUGGUUGUCUUAAGUCUUUUUUUUUAAUCUUACACUGCAAACAUAUAAAUAACAUCAUCAAUCUAUACAAAUUCACAUUUCGGUAUUUUGCUCAAGUGCACUUCAACGGGGCCACAAGGGCUGAGUGUUGAACCCACAACCUUCGGGUCGGGGAAAAGAACACUCUCCCACCUGAGCCCGGUGAGAUCUUGUUUCUUUUUCCAUCCAUCCGUUUUAUUCGCUGCUUAUCCUCACAAGGGUCGCAGGGAGUGCUGGAGCCUAUCCCAGCUGUCAACGGGCAGGAGGCGGGGUACACCCUGAACUGGUCGCCAGCCAAUCGCAGGG